AUGCACGUCCUCUCCACACUCAUUCCGAGCCUGGGCCUUUUUGCCCAUCUCAGUGCCGCUGCCUAUACGUUGCGGGACGACUAUGGCACCACCGACUCGUUCUUUGACAAGUUCAACUUCUACACAAGCUCGGACCCCACUAACGGUUACGUGAGCUACGUCGAUCGUUCGACUGCUAGCAGUGGUGGUCUCAUCAGCACCUCUGGUAACUCGGUGUACAUUGGUGUUGACACUAAAAACACUGCUAGUAGCCCGGGUCGUCAGAGUGUUCGCCUGGAGAGCACCAACACCUACACCCAUGGAUUGGUGAUUCUAGAUCUGGAACACAUGCCUGGCAGUGUUUGCGGCACUUGGCCUGCCUUCUGGAUGCUCGGUUCAAACUGGCCCAACAACGGUGAAAUCGACAUCAUCGAAGGCGUCAACACCCAAUCCAACAACCAGAUGACCCUCCACACAAGCGAUGGCUGCUCAAUCACCAACUCCGGCUUCAGCGGCUCCCUCGAAACAAGCAACUGCUACGUCGAGGCCUCGGGCCAAUCUCCCAACUCUGGCUGUGCCAUCCUCAGCUCCAGCUCCCAGUCCUACGGUGACGGCUUCAACCAAGCCAACGGCGGCGUCUACGCCACCGAAUGGACAUCCUCUGGCAUCAACAUCUGGUUCUUCCCCAAGUCCAGUAUUCCCUCGGACAUUACCAGUGGCAACCCCAACCCUUCAGGCUGGGGUACUCCCACUGCCGCGUUCUCCGGAAGCUGCGAUAUUGACUCGCACUUUAACAAUCUGCAAAUCGUCUUCGACAUUACUUUCUGCGGAGACUGGGCCGGCAACGUCUGGUCCUCUAGUAGCUGUGCCUCCAAGGCUAGCACAUGCAACUCCUACGUCCAGAACAACCCCUCCGCUUUCACCGAGACCUACUGGCGCAUCAACUCGCUCAAGGUGUACCAGGAGAGUAGCAGCUCCAAGCGUGAUACGCAUUCCCAUGCCGCUGUGCAUGCCCGCGAUAACCAGGCUGUCGGUGAUGUCAAGUCGCGUCGUACUGCGCCGUAUGUGCGGCCCGCGCCCCGGCCGGCCUGGAAGCACCGCCGUGGUCAAUAUCAGCAUGGUCAUGCUCAGUAG